AUGUCCAAUGUCAAACAUCAAACUUCAGUCAACAAUCAACAACUAACGAGGGAAUAUUAAUCCACGAGAUGAAAUAAUAAUUAAGUUGUUUAGACUCGUGUUGACUCUUAAAUUUAAUAAAAACAGGUGUUUAAAAUUAUAUCUCUUUUUAUAAAAAAAAACUUAUCAAAGAAAGUAGUGUUUUGUUAUAAAAAUGACGACUCAACCGCACAGUAGGAAACGAGUAUGCUAUUAUUAUGAUAGUGAUAUUGGAAAUUAUUAUUAUGGACAAGGACAUCCCAUGAAGCCUCAUCGUAUACGUAUGACGCACAAUUUGCUUUUAAAUUAUGGGCUCUACAGAAAAAUGGAAAUUUAUCGUCCUCAUAAAGCGACAGCAGAAGAAAUGACAAAGUUCCAUUCAGAUGAUUACAUCAGAUUCCUAAGGUCGAUUCGUCCAGAUAAUAUGUCAGAAUAUAACAAACAGAUGCAAAGAUUCAAUGUAGGAGAAGAUUGUCCAGUUUUUGACGGUCUAUACGAAUUUUGUCAAUUAUCGGCGGGCGGUUCGGUGGCCGCCGCAGUAAAACUUAACAAACAAGCAUCAGAAAUUUGCAUAAAUUGGGGCGGAGGUCUUCAUCACGCCAAAAAAUCGGAAGCUUCCGGCUUUUGUUACGUAAACGAUAUAGUAUUGGGUAUAUUGGAAUUACUUAAAUACCAUCAACGAGUAUUAUACAUAGAUAUCGACGUACAUCACGGAGAUGGCGUCGAAGAAGCAUUUUAUACAACGGAUCGCGUAAUGACGGUAUCUUUUCACAAAUACGGCGAAUAUUUUCCUGGUACGGGAGAUUUAAGAGACAUAGGCGCAGGUAAAGGUAAAUAUUACGCCGUUAAUAUACCUUUAAGAGACGGAAUGGACGACGAAGCUUACGAAAGUAUAUUUGUACCUAUAAUAAGUAAAGUUAUGGAAACUUUCCAACCGAGUGCCGUCGUUUUACAGUGCGGCGCCGAUUCCUUAACCGGCGAUCGACUCGGUUGUUUUAAUCUAACAGUAAAAGGACACGGAAAGUGCGUAGAAUUCGUAAAAAAAUACAAUUUACCUUUUAUGAUGGUAGGCGGAGGCGGUUAUACGAUCAGAAACGUUUCGAGAGCGUGGACUUACGAAACAUCGGUAGCCUUAGGGGUGGAAAUCGCCAACGAACUACCAUAUAAUGAUUAUUUCGAAUAUUUCGGUCCCGAUUUUAAAUUGCACAUCAGUCCCAGCAAUAUGGCCAAUCAAAAUACGCCGGAAUAUUUGGAAAAAAUCAAAACGAGAUUAUUCGAAAAUUUGAGGAUGUUACCUCACGCACCAGGCGUACAAGUUCAAGCUAUACCUGAAGACGCCAUCAACGAAGAUUCCGAUAACGAAGACAAAGUCGACAAGGACGAAAGAUUACCGCAAAAGGAUUUGGAUAAAAGAAUAGUGCCGGAGAACGAGUUUUCUGAUAGCGAAGACGAAGGUGAAGGUGAUAGAAGGGACAACAGAAGUUACAAAGGUAGAAAACGACCCCGUUUAGACAAAGCUGGCGAAAUUAAACAGGAAGAAGAUAAGAUCAAAGAGGAAAUCAAAACUGAAAAAGGUGAAGACGGUUUAGUAAAAUCAAGUCCGGAUGAUACGAAAAAACUGUUGGGACCAAAUCCAUGACAUUGUACUCAUUCUAUAAUGUAAAUUCCUAUUACAUUAUUAUUAAUAUUAAUAAUUAUUAUUACUAAUCGGAAAUAAGACAUUUUUUUUAUAAUAAUUCUAGUUACAGAUAAGACGCGUGAGAUGUGCAAGUGAAUUUUUUUUUAUUUUUUUUGGUGUUCAUAUUGUCUCAAGUACAAUUCUUUUUGAUUGUAUAUACAUAUACUUUAGAUUUAAUUAAAUUUAAAAUAAAA